CAAAAUUAAUUCUAGGCUGACCUUUCCUGAGACUUUUUCUUACAGUCUCUUCCUCCUCAGUUGCAGUUAGCUGAGUGUCCAGCAGAUGUCAGUCAUGCCACACAUCAACACCACCGAGCUGCAGUCGCUCCUGCUCUCCUUCCUGCAGCACUGCCUCAACAGCACAAGUGUACUGUCUUCACCAAUACCUCAGAACUACACUACCCAGCAAGCUGUGCACCACGUGGAUGGAGCCCGGGCCCACGCUCAGACUGAGGGCAUGAUGUACAUCCUCCUGGUGGUCGGUAUGUUCAGCUUCUUCACCUUCGGCAUCAUGCUCAGCUAUAUUCGCUCCAAGAAGCUGGAGAGCUCUCAUGAUCCGUACCACCAGUACAUCGCCCACGACUGGACCAAGGUGAGGAUUCCGUCCAGGGUCAUCGCUCAGCCUCUGCACAGGGAAGCUGCAGGUACCGGAGUCAGAAGCAAGGAGCCCAUCGUCAUCUGCAACCCUGCAACACUGGAGUAGCUGCCAGACUAGAAUGAGACAUUCAGCUACUUAA